UCACUAACUUUCCUUUCUUUUCUGCACCGCAGGCGGUUAUUUCGCCUUUAGGUUUUUAUUUAUCGAGGAAGCCCGUCGUCCGAUAUUCCAUCCGCCAAUCCGAACAUCGCAUGAGAUCCAUAACCAUCACGACGCCUACGUCGUGCCCAAGCACCGCUGUCAGCUCUGCCAGGACGCUCCCCGCCAUCCUUCCCCGGCUCUGAGGUCUAUCACCCACUCUUUUAUCGACGUUAGCGCAGCUCAAGCAAUAUAUUAUUUUUUUCAACAUGGUAGCUGCCAUCCGCCGAAGAAAGAUGAUCGGCCAUCGCCGACGGGUUGAAGAUGAAGGCGAGGAUGAGGGUGGCCUCGAACAGCUCGACAUUGACGAUGACUCCUUGACAGAUGGUUCCAUGGCUUCCGAGGAUCCUGAUCCGGCCGACGAUAGUGAUACUAGUAAUGUUGAUGAGGCUUCACCGACAACGCCUGCUGCUCCGAAGUUGACCAGUCAAGCAGCCAAUGGCAAUGGUAAUGUGAAGCGGACGCACACCAAGUCUUCCGGCGGCCACCCAACGAAGGGCCCCAGAAAGACGGGUCCAAACGCUGUAUCGGACACCGAAUUUAUGAUGAGCAAUCUAAACAUUUCGGACGAAGCUGCUCCGGUGCAGGUGCUGGAAUUUGAAGAAUCUACGGAACCUCAGUCCAAGUCCUCGGCACCUAUAGUGGUUAGCUCGAAUUCUGCUGUUGCGAAUCCGGAUUCUUCCCAAGACCCAACUACUGAUAAGCGACGAAAGGAGCAUGAUGAAUAUAGGCGCAAACGAGACGAGGAUCCGUGGUUUGUUCCCAACAGAGGCGCCUUCUUUAUGCAUGACCACAGACAUGCCGGCCCUUCUGCCAACGGAUUUCGCCCCUUCGGUAGGGGUCCUCGAGGGAGAGGUCGUGGUGGUAUUGGCGGUCCUUUUGCGCCCAUAAAUCAUCAAAUCCAUGGUCCAGCCGAUCCAACGACAAAUGGCCCUUGGGCACAUGAUAUGCACGAGGCAGUCGCACAGCCUAUACACACCCGACAACCGCGGCCCUCGUUUACUGACGAUGGCCCACCUAACGGCGACGGUUAUAUUCCCACCUGCCCAGCCAGCACUACACCAAUCAACCGGACCAUGGCUACAGAUAAGCAUGUUGGCAAUGUACAGAUCAGGGUCUACUUCCCAGGUAUAAAGGAGCCCAUCAUCUUCCCCGGUAUACAAGUACGACAGUAUACAAAAUUACCAGACCACCGACCACCAUUGAGACGCGACAAGCCUGUCCGUAUCUCCCUGCCUGAUUUCCCUCCCCGAUAUAUCUUUCCAGCCACCGACAGGUCUUUUAUCUUUAUACCCCGAGCGAUGCGUCCGAACCAACGAUUGCGGGGCAAGCCAAGAUCUGGUCUUGGAUCUAUUGGCGGGUUUUCCAGGAGGACGAGCGUAUUUGGGGGGAGUGUGUACGCUGGUAGCGCGUAUACACCGAGCAUCGCUCUUAGCCGAAGGUCUUCGAUUGCCCCUGAUUUGGGGAGAGACUUUCUGGUAUCUCCGACCGGUUCUACUAUGUCGCGGCCGCCAUUACCCUAUGACGCCGUUCGGCCUGUUGUCAGGCUUCCUCCGCAAGGUCGAGCUGAACAACAACAACAACUUCCCGCUGUUGAUGGUGCACCAGCAGAAGGGCUCGCUGGAGUUGGCCAGCCUGCUAUAAGCGACGUUUCGAUGCAACAAACGCAGCCCCCACCCCAACCCCAACGGCCGGUGUUCCAGGAGAAUCGACCUGUACCUAUCCCUAUGCAUCAGCCUCGGCCGCAGAAGACUGUCUCAGUAGCCGGCAUCGAGUCGCCAGAAAUGCAGCAUAAUCCGUCUCAACCGUAUCAACAGGCCUUCCACCAGCAAGUUCCUGUUCAGGUAUCGACAAGCCUAGGUCAAGAAUCUCACGUCCGGCAUCCCUCAUACCAGUCUCAACAUUCGACUGGCACGCCGCUCUCCCAAAUUCCCGAGCGCGCCAUCCACGCUGCCCCUUUCCAGCCAAACCAGUUCGCCCAGCAGAACUACUACCAGCCAUACCAGAUGAUGCAGCCUCAGCAAGGCUAUUACUACCCCCAAGCUUCUUAUCCAGGUGCGUUAGCUCCAUCUGCCACUGCACCUGCAUUCGUCCCGGGAGCGCAACAACCUCAAACCCAGGGCGAGCCCGCUGCCAGCCAGCCAACCGGGCAGAGUACACCAAACUCCAAUUUGGUUGCUCAAGAAGUCAAUGGCAUGGUCUACUACUAUGAUGCAUCUCAGUUACCCCCUAUGGCUACAUAUAACCCUUACCCGACCCCACAGGGCUAUCCGAUGCCCGGUGGAGUCGUAGGCAUGAACGGUAUGGUUACCCCGAGCCCGGAUGGCUACUACUACCCUCCGUCGGGACCUGGUGUUGUCUACUACCAGCAGUGAGCUAUUUAUUUCCAUGUGGUCUCGAUAGCAUUGCUUCAAUUCACCUAGCAGUGGAAUGCGGGAUAACUUGAUCGUGCAGAUUCGCACGUCAACGGCAUUGGUUAGCUUCGGCGUAGGUCGCUUAAGGGGGGGUUGGGAGGUCUUGGUCUGGCUAAAUACCGUCUUAUGGCUGUUCCUAUUUCACAUCCCCUUGGAUUACCGCGGCAAGCAAUAUACAAGACUCCAUCCAUCAAUCACCCUUCUAUCUCAGCGGUACUAUAGUGAUUUCGCAAGAGGCUAGCCAGCCUUCUUAAACCUUAUCCUAGAAUUGGUUUUCGUGAGCCGGUGGUGGCAUUUCUUCCUCCUCCUCCUCCUCGCCUAUCCUAACCACCUAACCACCUAUCCUAUCCAUCCAUCCACCCCCUCCUCUUUUUUUUCCCCUCCUCUCUUCUGGCUCUUAUCGUGUUUUUCCAACAAACUUCUGGGAAAGGGGCCCCAUACCGCAUAGGCGUUCGGUGGAGUUUUCGUGCUUUGAUUACUGUUGCCAUUUGAACAUUUUGCUUUUUUGCUACUGCUGCUACUGCUGC